AUGACUGUGGAAGGCCUUGAACCCGCCGAUAUUCCUGUGGUAGACAUGUCUCUACUCCAGGGAACACCUGAAGAGGAGCGUGGCGCUCUUAAACUGUUAGACAGCGCUUUCCAAUCAUGCGGAUUUGCCUAUAUCUCCAACCACGGGAUAUCUGAAGAGUUUUUGAACGAAGCCAGAAGCUAUUGCAAGAAAUUCUUUGACCUACCGAUUGACGUGAAACUUUCCAUCCUCCACCCACCUGAUGGCGUCGAGGACCAUCGUGGAUUUGUGCCUGAUGGCUUGACAUACAUCAGCCAACUUGUAUUCGAUGAUGCAACUGUACAAGAACUCCGCAGGACCGCCCCCGAGAAAAAACAAGGUCUAGAAAUAGGAAACCCACACACCGAAGAAGUCGGUGAAGAUAUACCCAAGAACCGUCUGCCCACAGAAGAAGAGCUUCCUGGUUUGCGCGCCUUUAUCGAGAAAUGGUGGGAUGCCAUGACCAACCUCAACCACACCAUUCUCCGUUUCUGUAGCAAAGCCUUGGAGCUGCCAGACGAGAACUACCUUUCUCGUUCACAAACACGCAAUCUUUGCCAUAUGUCUUGGAACCACUUUCCUCAAAUGCCCAUGAAUCUGCUUGAAGACGGAUCAUUCCGCCGACUCAAUGCACACACCGACUUUGGUCAAAUUACCCUACUAUUCCCCGAUCCGGUAGGAGGCUUGCAAGUAAAUGAUGGAAAAGUGUUCCGUCCAGUUGCCUUUAAGCCAAAUACGAUGGUUAUCAACGUCGGAGAUUUGAUGGAGCGUCAGACCAAUGGCCGGUGGAAGAGUUCGUUACAUCGAGUUGUCGCACCUGAAGAAAAGGUAGGGCGAAUCGACGACGCCACCGGUGUGUAUGCUGCGGAGCGAUAUUCAAUGGUUUAUUUCGGCUCACCAGACCCCGAGAGUAUGGUGAAGACUUUACCCGGUUGUGAUGUGAAGGGUCGGUGGGAGCCUAGUGUUGUCCAAGCUGGUAUGCACGAGGUUACCUGCGAGGAAUGGAUCCGAAAGCGUGUGACAGCAGAGUUCCUUAAUCCCGAUGCCAAGGCUUAG